AUGAUUGGUGGAAAAAUGAUGCUGACUGAAUACUCACCUGAACAGUAUUACAAAGAGACAUUAAUACUACCAGAAUUACUCUGUCAAACACAGCAUAAUUCAUUUGAACAGAACCGCCAACCCAUGGCUGAUAUUCAUGGCAGUAGCAGUACUAGCAGUCCCGGUAGUCUGCAGUUGGAUGGAAACAGCGGUGCUGGUGGUGGUGUAUCUGAAUAUGUCCAUGAUUCAUUAACGCUAACUGAGAAUGAGGCAAGUUAUCGUUCUCUGGCACCGACUAGGAAAGCUUUAAAAUUAGGCGCCAUUGAAGAGAUACUGUGUGCUCCUCCACUAGUGCUCCACUCUGGAAUUCAUAAACAAGUAAGCAGGUCAGAUGAAAUGGUUAUCGAUGCUUUAAAAGGCAGUGAAGAGAAGAGACCAAUUGCCCAUUUUGUAGAACAAGAGUGUCAGAAUAACCUAGAAAGUCAUUAUCCAGGAGGCGUAAAUUUAGACAAGACAAUUGCCAAGACGGAACAAUCAGCUUAUCAUGAUGAAACUGGUUUCAGGCGAGAUGUCCCUCAAGAAAGGAGUGAUGAUAAAGUGGAGAAAGCAGAAAUUGACCAGCAUGAGAUUGAUAUACAAUUACCACCGCCACUGAAUACUGAAGACUCCUUAUCUGCUUCACAAACUAAACACAUGGAACAACAAUCAGAGGCAUUUAAUCAACCAGUUCUCAAGGAGGAGGAGGAGGAGUCAAGGAUCCCUCCACCACAUCAAGUUUUAUCACCGGAACACACUUCUGCAAUCCACUCACCAAUACAAACACAACAAGGACAACCACAACAAGAGAGAAAUAAGGCAUACAAUGAUCACGAUGACGAUGGGGAGAAGCAGGUGGAGGCGGAGUCGAAAAGGUUGAGUCUACCACUGCCAAUCGAAAUCGGAGAAGGUAAUGACUCAUUUGUAGAGAAGUAUGAAAUUGUCGCCAGAAGAACAAAUGAAGAAACAGACGACCAGUUGGAGGCUAUUUCAUCUGAACAAAGUGAUGAGAAUACGCAAGACGACAUGCGCAUGACAACAACUUCGAGUUGUGAAGAGUCACCAUCAAUCAAGGAACCACAAUGCAAAAAUGAAAUUAUCCUAGAAAGUAGUCUGAGCUACAAUGAAGUGAAUCAACAGACAACUGCAAAAUUAACAUACACCACGUCAGCUACAUCAGUGCCAGUUCACAUGAAUGAAUUCUUAACAAUAUCGAUGACAUCUAUUGUAUCCCCAUCAAUUCAUUAUAGAAGUGAGCUAAGCUUUACUCAUCAACAUUCUGAUCAGAUAAAGACAGGUACACCGACAACUCUAAGUAAUUGUGAAUUAGACAAUAAACCGAGUGAAACAUCAGUGCCUACAAAGAGUGGUGAAUCAACAACCUCGAGUACUUAUUAUACUGCUCAGAGUAAUCCAAUUGGUUAUGGUGAAAUUGAAGUAGAAGUCAACGAACAAGACGUUGUCCGUGCUGUCGCUUCUGUUAACGUCGACAAGAAGGAUUCAUAUGAUGAUGAGUCUACAUUGAAAGAAGAUAAAACUCCAAUGCAGAAUGAUGAUGUGAUAAAUGAAGCAGAAAGAGAGACGACUGACACAGAAACUGUCAAGGCGUCACCACCACCAUCAUCACACAGUGAAGCACAACCUGAUCAUCUACACCAAAUCGAUUAUAUUUCACCAGAAGAAGAAGAACAAGAAGGAGAAAAACAAGCUACUGAACACGUUGAUCAAUUGGAAGAGAGCAUAGAGGAGGUGAAUGUGGAGGCUAUUCAAUCAGCUCCUGACAUAGUCAAUUAUAGUUUAUCAGAAAACAUUGUCACAUAUAACGCUGAUGGAGAGUUAAAUGAACGAAUCGCUGUAGUUAGUCUAGAAGUAGAUCAUGCACAACCAAAUGACAUCGUAGACGUACACGACAUAGACGCUGAUACUGAAGUUAGUAAACAGCUUCAUUUAACACAGGUUCCUGAACAGCCAUUAGACGAUGAAAAUCAGCAACUCCAACAGUUAACUGAUACAACAGAGACACUUGCAGACGACUCACAACUGCCUAUAACUGUAGCCCGUACAGUGGAAGUAGAGCGAUAUGAUCAUCACGAUGAUGAUGAGUUGGAUGAACGGCAACCGUAUCCAACGACAAGUCAUCCGAUUGAUAUUAAAGGAAUAAGCGAGGUGAUGCAAGAACAUCCAGCCAAACCAGAGAAUAAAAUACUCAAACAAACAUAUGAAACAGUUAAAAUCGAAGAUAAACAACCAGAAAUUAAAACAAUCCACGAAGAGAAAUAUCACGACUUGUACAAUGUGAAAGAUGCUAGAGAGAAAAAUGUACCUUAUGAAAGUGUUAGUGAAUUGGAUCGACUUUUUGAUACAAUCACUUCUGGACUGGAACGAAAAGAAGUUGAAAGUCGAAGUCUCAAGUUAGUCAAAAAACAACACGCUGUUGUGAUAAAGGAGACGCCUAUUAUUAACACAGCACCACCUCAUAUGGAUCAGCAACUAUCACACGAUGAUGAUAGACAAGAGAAGUCUACAAAACUGGAACUGUCUCAAGUCCCAGUAGUCAUGGACAAUUUAACUCUUGCAAAAUCGGAUACAACAAGAGCAGAUACACCAGUCAUUGAAUUCAAAACAGUCGACAGUCCUUUUGAGAUUCAAAUAAAACCGAUGGAAGUAUUACAAACUACAGGGAAAUCUGUAAGUCAAACGUCUCAUGAUGAUGAUGAUAAUGACGACGAACGAAAGUUGGACAUCCACUUACCUGAGAUGUUCACCUUAAAUGAAUAUGAAGACAGGUGCGAAGUGAAGGAGUUAACAACAGGAGGGCAAGGCGAAGAAGAACACUGUCAACUGAUGAAACACGAGAAGGAAUCAACACCCACCAAUUUGAUGGUAUGUAUUCUUGUCCAAGUACAAACACCAGAUACAAUAAUAAUGAGAAUUGAGGACGACAAUCAGAUGUUGACGACCACUACUGAUGAAUUGAAAGAAAGUUAUUCUCUUAGGAACAAUGAAGACGAAGAGAAAGGAGGAGAGAUUGUGGAGACUGAAGGAGUCGGUAUAACUGUCAGUCUUACAGUGAAUCACUUCGAUACAGAUAACAAGAUGCUCUCAUUACAAAGUAGUAAAGACAUUCAACCACCACCUACAGAUUUAUCAAGUGAAACUCAAAGAUUACCAUCACCGCUAUCACCAACAUCAUCACCAUCCGCCUCGGAAGUGGUUGAUCAUCUUGAAAUCAUGCAACGACAAGAAGAAGAAGAAGAAGACGAAGACGGAGAAGAAGAUGCAACACCGAAGAAACAUUUUACACAACUCAAAGAAGAUGUGAAUAUUUUGAAAAUCACCUCGAAAUCUACAUAUACAAGUACACCAUUGAAAAAUUAUUCAUUUAGACAAAGAACCACAACAACUAGAAUCCCCUCCAGCUUUGAACGAUCUACAUCCCCUCAAGAAUAUACUCUCGCUUCUACUGUCUACCUUCCACACUCUGAUGGUGCCACCACCGCCACUGCCACAUAUUCAGAAAGUCCUUAUCCAGCGCCAACCAGCUCAUCACCGAUGACUAAUCAUCUAGGCUGGCUGUUAGAUUCCUCCUCCUGCCUGAUAAGCAGAUUUGAUGAAAGACUGAAUAAACAUCUUAUUGAAGUAUCACCUAAUAAUAGGAUAUUUAAGAAAGCAACUAUUACAGAAACCAGUCACCACCAGCUACCAACUAUCACGGCCACUGAUCAAAGUCCAUCACAAGAACAAACAACACCAACAAUCGCGACAACACCAACAAACAGACCUGAAGGAAACCAACUGCGUAUAACCAUCUCUCAGACUAUACGUAGAAAUUAUUCCUACACUUCAAAAGAUGACAUGCACACAGAAAAUUUGGUAAGCAGUGUAAGCAAUGUAAUCACAACUACUACCGGUCCUCACCAUUUACGACGUUCAUUGUCUGAAGAUUUCAAAGGUGAUAAGCAUACUACAACAACAACAACACACAGUGAAAUCAAGAAACAAACUAGCUCACCACUAGUUGAUGACGAAGAAUCUGAAGAUAUGUAUAUCGCUCGAAAACUUACUAACGAAGCGCUUAACAAAGCUAUUGACAGACUUUCUAUCGUCGGUUAUACAAACACCACACCACCACCACCAGGACCAUUGAGUUAUUCAACUCCAAUCACUCAGAGAAAGAAUAAGGAACAGAAAUUCUCCGACGAAGAAGCAGAAGAGAUUAUCACACGAUUACGACAAGAAUACAACAUACAAAUACCUUCAAGAAUUGAUCAGCAUCGGUCUACACAAAGUCCACUGACUUUCAUCAUGAGUACAACACCAGAGGAUACAACUGCACCCACUCCGACAACAUCAAUCGACACACCAUUUAAAAUUGAACAAGAUGUCUACAGUGAAGUGUCCAAGCAAACAAUAGCUAUUCAUGCUAAAACCCGGAUCUACAUGUUUGAAGCUGACGAGGGUGGAACAAAAGACGAAGCACAAGGAGAAGACGCACACGGGGAAGAAGAAGAAGUGAAAGAUACUGAUAUGUAUCCAGUGAACGAUGGAAAUGUUAUUCCGUCAAUAUCACAACAAUGCAGUCUGAAUAAAACUGAUAAUCAAGUUGUCUUACAAACUUCCCUAUUAGUUACAAGUCCAAAGUAUCUUACACAAUUUAUUGAUGAAGAAAUUACUGACUUGCGUGUACAACAACAGCAUAUCGGUGUGAUAAGUGGAUCAGAUUACAGCACCUUGGCGAAAUAUUCCCCAGUGGACGAAGGCGACGAUGACGACAAGAAUAAUAGAGAAGUGGAAAAUCUUCCAGGAUUAAGAGAUAGGCAAGAAUUCGAACAACACCAAUCUCCAGAUGGAAAAACAGUGACUAUCAGUCCUACGAGUGUUGUCGAUGACUACAUUGUCUCAGAAGACAAUGAUGAGGACGAAGGUAAGUCAACACAACAACAAAUACAAGAAGAAUUAUCUGCGCUUAGUUAUGCACCAUCAACCCAUGAAUUUAGUGGAUCAAUGAAGAAACGCGGAAGUGAUGACAGAACACAAAACGAUCAGCCGCCGAUAGAAGUAGAAGAUUUCACCAGACCGCCAGAUUAUAUAUUAACACAAAACUAUCAUGAAAUAAGUGCUACAGAUGCAAUAACCAUCAGUCAAUCAGUAGAUCAUCCUAUCAACGAUGAAGAAGACCACCAUGAUAUCUUGAGUCGACUGACAACACCACCCCCACCGCCUAAUGAAUACCACCAGCAGCAGCAAGAUAAAAUACAGUCAAGGAAUGCAAUAAAAAGUGAAACAAUCACUCAAGAUUUUGUCACCAUUUAUGAAACACCAGAAAAGAUUCAGUUGGUGAAAAGAAGUGGAACAUCAGAAAGUCAAAGCCGACAAGAAUUAAUAGAAGACGACAGAUAUAGAACUAUUUCAAGACCAUUCACAACACCCCCAACACCCACAGCAACAACAACAACAACAGCUGAGAUAUUAGGAGGUGAAAAGUUCAAACUGACAAAUAUCCAUGAGAAAGAUACUCCUCCACCUACCCUGAGUUAUAUUCACUCAGAUAAUGAUGAGGGCAUGUUACAAGUGUCCAUGGAUAUAGAUAUACAAGCGAACUAUAAACUGGUUAAUUCAACCAGUGAUCUCCAUGACAAGGAGGAACCGGUCACAAAUUUAACUCUACAUUUACCAACAACACAAGAGAAUAAUUUAACUCUCCAUGAAGUUAUCACCUCGCAGCUCACAAAACAGCCCACAUCGACUACACCGACUAAUAAAAUUAAUAAUGCAUCGGAGAAAAGAUCACCUCUACUCACAACAACUGCAAUCACUUCGCUGACACCUGAAUCAACAUCUGAAAAACCAAGAGAUGGUAUGUUAACAGGUCUCAAGGAAAUGCCUACAGCUAUGCGGACAAGUCCAAUGGAAAUACAAACCACUGAUAAAUCUCAGCUGUCAAUCAAUCCACAAGUGACUUGUACCAAUUUAUUUUCCAUCAUUAGUAUACAAAUAAAAUUAACACAAGCGAUGUGUAAAUCAGAAAGUCAUAGUGAGGCAAUACACUUUGACGAUACUGAAAUCAAAUCGAAGAGUGAACAACACUCAGCACUACUUUUACCGAAAUCUAUUGAUAACACUACUAAGAAUACGACUGGAAAUCAAAUUCUUAGUGAAAAGCAUUUCAAUCAAGCUGUUCGAGAACAUAUCGAUUUAAUGACUAGAAUGUCUGAACAGGAAAGACAAGCCUUGGUUGGUCGAACUAAGAAAAAACUGCUGAAAGAUGCCAGCAUAUUGUCAGAUGAUGAGAGAAUUAAGCUAACUGCAGUAGUACAAGCUAUUCAAUGGAUAGCUGACAUGACAGAUGAUCAACGCCAACAAAUCCUUACAGGCAGGAAUAUGGUAGACUUUCCGAGUGGUACACCACCACCACAAGCAAUCAGUGAGAAGAUGCCAACAGAAAAUCAAGUAUUCUUACCAUCGUCUGUAGAUAUCACGGAUAAACAUCAUUCGCAUAUGAAUACUCCACAUGACGAGCUACAAUGGAGUACUGUUGAAGCUAAUUACACACAAUCGAUAGAAACGACUAGUCAAGUUGAUUCUAAGCAUACAUACGAUCUGGUGCAACGUGAUACUCCCACUGCGAAUACUACUCCCACGACAACGACGACAACUGCAAUGAUAAUAACUUCGUUGAACGAUCAACAUUCAAGUAAAACUAUCGAAGUGAAACAAGAUAUCGAACACAUCGUCCAUCUAUCUGAUACUAAUACUACAGCCAAACAAAUGUAUAAUGAUACAUCAAAGAGAAAAUUACCUCAACUGCCCUUAUCAUCGGCAUCAGCGUCACCAUUUGAAGCAAACCAGAAACAGUCGAGUAAAUAUCCAAUUCAAAAGGUAACAAGGCCUAAAAAGAAUCCAUUAGACGACACACUACAGAACUCUGAAAACCCCGAUGAUCUACACAAACCAAUCCAUAACAUGGAGGAGCGACAACCACAACAACAACAACAACAACAACGACCAUUACACUCAGAUUAUAGUCUCCGCAUAAAUAAGCUUGCUCAAGAAAUCCCACGCAAAAUUUAUCCAUCGAAUCAGGCUACUACUGCUGCUUCUACUACACAAUCAAGUCUAUGCUCACCACGAUCGAUAAUCCAGACCACUGAACGCGUUCAACGAGCUGAGAAGGUGGCCAAUGCAUUAGAUGCCUUAAUCAUUGAAACUAUUGACUAUAUUACGAAGAAUUUACAUAAAAAGUAA